GAAUGAUGACGAUGAAAUUUUUUGUAACGACCCAUUAUUAAUCAUCGAAUAUAAUCAACCGGGUCUCGCAAGCCGAACUUUCACUCCACCGGGUCUCGCAGUCCGAAAUAUCACGGAAAAUGAUGUUAGCGCAGUGAUCAGAGGAACUCCAAACUAUACUCCUAUCGCAUUUCCAAGGGCAGACCUGGCACAAUCAAAUUCUGUAUUCGCACUUAACGAUAUGCAAACAAUGGAACAUGCUAUUGCACGAUUAUAUGAAAACUAUCAUAACAAUGUGACAGGACGACAAGAUCCUAUUGUUGGACGGGUAUAUUGGGUGGAAUUUCGCAGGGCCAAUACUUUUGAUGUUUGUGAACGACUACAUGUUUUUGAUUGA